CAAGAAGAAUGACCGGACACAUUUCAGACUUCUCAACCCAGAAUCUUCUCACUAGACUUAAAACUUGAAACCUAGACGAUCAGAAAAAUCACAAAAAACAAACAAGAAGAACACCUUCUUAAAUAAAGUUUGAGGGUUAAGAUGUAGCACGUUCAUUUGGGGGGUAACACACACUAUGUUCAUAAAGCUCACUCAGACAAAGGCACCGAGUUGUGAUCAGUUUCCCCCCAUUCUAUAAUAAAAUGUUUAUUUAAUCAAAAUAAAGUCUUCGCUUUAGAAAAACUUAGCAUUUGGAGAAAGCACAUGAGGCACAAGUCAGCUGACGAGUUCUUUUGAGUUCAUAAUUUGUUCUUUGUUUUUCAUCAAACUUCUCCUCCCAAUGUGUCGACUUGUAUGUUGCCAAUAAAGUUUGAAAUCUCGUGCCUAAUGUGAUGUCAUCGACUCACAACCAUGCAAAGCAAAACUAGAUUUUUUUUUUUAAUUAAAAAAGUUAUACUUGGUGAAACUGUAUAAUAACCGUUUCAUUGCCCAGCUGUCUUUUUAUUAUUAGUGUGCAUCUGUAAGAGAGAGAAAGAGAAAGAGCUACAGCUCUGGACUGUGUCUUUAAGCGGUUGGCCUGUGUUUGUAUAACAGAACCCACCUAAAAGUGUUGCGUUAUGUUCCACCAGCCUCGCUGUUCGCGUGUCGCCAACGUGCAGCGAGGAGGAGCUGUUCGCUGCUGAUGCGUUAUCACCAGGAGAGGGGAAAGGGGAGGGGAGGGCUUACAAGUCCAGUCCCGCGGAACAUCCUGCAAACAAGUCCGGGAGUCGAAACCAAACUCCGCUCAGUGUUUCCCCCCCACACCCUCCUCGCGGCGCUUCGCUCCCUCCGUGCUCGUGUCGUGAUGCCGCUCCGUGGGGAGGAAGUCUCGGCGCUCCAGAUAUAGUUGGCCCACUCUGCAGGUCGCUUUUGCCCUGCUGGACAUAUGAGCGAGCGCCGUUUUAUUGUUUUCAUCUCCGAAAGCACGGCGGUGGGACAUCCGGCAUGGAGAGUCCGUAGGAGGAGGAGGAGGAGACCACGGUCGCUACUGGGUUGGUGAAGAGAGCGCGAGCGCACCGACGCACGCGCUUUUCUGCGCUCGAGAUGGACUUCAAGAAGACCAAAUUUGGAAGGUACAUGAACUGCAGGGUGCCGGCCAACAAGCGAUACCAGCCCACAGAGUACGAGCACGCAGCCAACUGUGUCACACACGCGUUUUGGAUUCUUCCCAGCAUAGUAGGCGGGUCUGCGCUUUACUUCCUGUCUGUGGACAAAUGGCACCGGGUCGCCGCCUUGCUCUAUGGGAGCGGUCUCACUGGCCUCUUCCUCACCUCGACGCUCUUCCACACGGCCGCCUGGAAGAUCAGCCAUCUCCGGAAGGUGGAGGAACGUUUCCACAUGUGUGACCGGAUGGCCAUCUACUUCUUCAUCGCUGCCUCCUAUUCUCCCUGGUUGAUGCUGAGGGAGCUAGGACCCUGGACGUACCACAUGCGCUGGCUGAUCUGGGUCAUGGCUUGCGUUGGGUCCACGUACGUCUUUUUUUUCCACGAGAGGUACAAACUGGGAGAGUUGCUGGGAUAUGUGACAAUGGGGGCUGUUCCUGCGUUGGUCAUUCUGUCCAUGGUGGACCGCGCAGGCGUGUGCGAGCUGGCUCUGGGAGGCGUCUUCUAUGUGGUGGGCGUGGCCUUCUUCAAGAGCGAUGGGCUCGUCCCAUUCGCCCACGCCAUAUGGCAUCUUUUCGUUGCGGUCGGAGCGGGCAUUCAUUACUACGCCAUCUGGAGGUACCUGUACGUGGCGGGACCACAGCCGCAGACGUCCAGGUGACGGACAGCUUUUCAGCCGAUCUCAUCGGAGAAUAUAUACUGAAAGCUGCCGAUUUGAAACCCGAAGGCGGCUACUGAUGGUUGCACUUAAAUGGACUGAAGGGUUUCAUCUUGGGUUGGUGCUGAUGAUUAAACUCUCAGUUUUAGGGACGAAACACCUGGUCAAAGCCAGUACAGUAGGAUAAAUGGGAGCUUUUUCUAGUAUAUUAUUGUGUUUUUGCUGUUAACAAGCUGACUAAGAGCAUUAUUUGUAUCAAGUUUUCAUUUGUGUGCCUAAAUAGAGAACUGUGCAAAAGUUUUAAGCACUUUAUGUGUUUUUGAUUCUGAAGCCUACAUUUUUUAAGCAAUAACUUAUAUCAUUGCUAAAAUAUUUUCUGUUGUUGCUAAACAGGCUUGGCAUUGAAAUAUCUUCAGAAGAAUAAUUUAAAGUGUAUGGUGGCCAAAGUGUUGAAAUUGUUCACAUUUUGUCAGGUUACAACCACAGACGUCAACGAGUGUUAUGGUGAUUUUAUGUGACUGUAACCCAACAAAAAAAGGGUGCAUAAUCAUGAAGUGGAAGAAGAAGAAUACUCAGACUUAUUUUCGUUGACGCUUACACUCAGAGCUGCAACAAAAGUUUAAAUCGCGUCAUGUUCGUGAGAUUGAACGGCUCAAUUAAAGUCCAGACGUAGGUCAGGUUCUUUUGGAAAGACGAAAUUUUAGUCUCAAGAUGUGCUCAUUCCACCUCAAAAGGGUUUCAGUUACAUUUGCAGUGAAAGGGGGUUUUGCAAAACCCAAUACGCACCGCACUUUUCAGACUUUCAUUGAUAAAGAAAUGAGAACCAUAAAUUGUUUUUUUUCCGCUUCACAGACAAAUCACGUAAAACCCCAUUAAACCACAUCAAUGAUUAUGAUUGUAACAUAAGAAAAUGUCAGAUUUAAGGGGUAAAUGUACUUUUGCAGGGCACUAUUGUUUGGCAGGAUUAAGAAAAAAAGUAUUUAUAAAAGGACAUAAUGUCUGCAGUUUAAGAUAGAAAAUUAUCUCUAAAGCUAAAUGAAGAUGACCGUUGAUUGGCAGUCAAGGGAAAAACCAGAAUGUCUUUUUUAUGCUAAGCUAGCAUAGGAGCUACUUUAUGUUAGCAUGAAGCAAUAAUUUCCAAGAUGGUCGUUUUAAAGUGGUCCAGAUUCAGAGUUGCGAAGAGUUUCUAAAGGACUUGAAAAUAAUUUUUGGGGGGGAUUUUGGUUGUUUUUUUCUAUGCAAGUCUAGUUCAAGUACCAGGUCUUGGUAGCGUAUUGUGUCAUGUGGAGGACAAAAGAAGAAGAAUCAGUAUCAGAGACAGGUCCCUUAUAAGAUGCAUUGUUUUCCCUUUGGGAACCACAACAUCUGAGCUAAAAUAGGAUUUUCCUUUUGUUGAAACAGGAAUCUGGUUUUUGCUUUUUGUUAGAUUCAACUGAACACGUUGAACAAUUUGCCUCUUUGCAACAGGCUGCUGGUAACAAAGUGCCUAAAGAUCCAGUUCAAAACGAGUUCUUUGCUCAGUCGGGUUGUGUGUGUUCACACUCACCACUGAUUCAACAAUUAGCAGCGACAAUUACUGAAUAAUUUAUAGGCUGGACUUAACUGACGUAAUGAACAACAUGAAAUCGAUCAGCCGUUGGGAGUGAAAAUGAAAAAAAAUCUGAUAUAUCUCAAGAUUUUUUCACAGUAACUGUAACCAUUUGCUCGUUUUGGGGUUCCAAAACUUACCGGCCACUUUUAAUUACUGACUUUAUCUCAAGGUGAAAGUUUUAGGGAGGCAUUCUUUUAUGGAUAUGCUCUGCGUUUCGCUGAGAAUUUCUGGUUAAAAGUCCACUCAUCGGGUGGACUGAGAGCGUGGGGAGCAAUGAAGACGGACUUAAAGCCCGACGUGGAUCGACAGCUGCUCUCAGGAUAAAUGUCGUCUGAUUGUAAUUUUGUUGUUGAUUUUUAUUUGUUUGUGAAGGUGUCGCUAAUUAAUUUGACAUAAUUUGCUAUGGUAACAUGUCGUGGGUAAAUAACUCCAAUCUGGCAUCAUUAAAGAUGCGUCACAGAGAACUGACGAAAGGAAAGGUUUUAAAUUGUACAGGCAAAUUCAAGACGGACUGCAGUGGAUCUAAAAAGUGUGUUCUGCGAUGCAAAUAAAAUGAGACGAUGAUAAAUUAUUCAUAUUCAAAUUUAACAUGUUGCAUAUCCUGUAGUAUUUGACUGAAAAACAAAGACAUCUGAAUUAUCCAGUUACAUAAGUGUGCAUAUUGGAAAAUCAUCCAGUUUUAGUCUGUUUUCUUGGUGGGAUUGUUCUGUACCCUUCUCCUGAUUGAUACCUUUGACCAGCUAGAUUGCUUUCACUAGAACAGCUGAUAUUUAUUUAAGUUUCAUCAGAUCUUGAAGAGCGAAUACAGAAAUGAUCAGAUCGAUGCUGUGCUCAUUUAUGCAACCAGGUUUAUGAAGCUUUUAUAUUUGUUUUUUGGGGUUUUUUUUAGCUGAUCUGCACUAAAAGUGGGAAAAAAGCGUUGAAAUGAUUUUAUCAAAACUUCUGUAGUCAUUUUAAAAUAUAUACCACUGCAUUCAGACUCUUUACGUAGUCUGGACUGCAAUUGCCAGUUAUUUUGCUAAUAUGACGCACUUAAAUUCACAAGCACUUUUCGAUUCACAGAUGUUUCAUUUAAUGUACAAUUUAAUCAAACCAACUAGUUGAAUCUGGCUUACAGUGUCGAUUUAAUCAUUUUAAGCAUGCAGGUUUUCAUGAAAAUUUUGAUUUUUAUUGAUGAUGCCUAAACAAGGACAGUAAAAACCACAAGUGAGGAAUUUUCUACUGAAAUGUGCUACUGUCUUAAGACACCACUGACUCAGGAAGUGAAGCACAGUGUGUGCGUGUGUGUGUUUUUAAUCAAGUAUU